GUGAGGAGCGCGUGCAGAGGUCGGACUGCAGGGACCGAGCUCCGGUCAGCGCGCGGAGACCCGGGAGAGAGCGGAACAGACUUAACGGCUCGGGGCUGAGAGAUGGAGAGUAUCGAAAGGACUCAGACUCUGUGAAAGUUUGAUAAACGGACAUGGAAACGCCAACAAAAAGACAUUUCAUCCGUUAACUUGAAGAAACAUUCAACAACAUUCAUCACUCCAUCCGCGCGCGGUUUAAAGGUGGAGCGGAGGAUGACACCUGCAGCCCGCCUCGCGAGGACACACGCGUGGAUCCAGACCUGAGGAGAGAGUCAGAACCUGUGCAAGAGUGACUUUCUGCCUCUCAUAGAUCUCCAGAUUUCUCUCUGUCCUGACAUUUAUCGCCUGUGGCUGCAAACGAGGCUUUUAUGUUUGCAUCCAAGCAAACUGAAAAAACAUCGUCCUGGACUCACAGGUUUCCGCUGUGCUCGUCUUGUCAUGUCUGCACUGCUCAUCUCUUCCUCCAUAUUCCCCGUUGAGACUACACAUCUUCUGGAUACUGAAAAAUAAAGACAGCUUUGCCUCUGACCCACCCUCCGCUCUACUACAGCAGUAAGGCAGUGUAAUCUCUGGAGCUCUGACUCACCAUGGGCACUGUACUAUCCCUGUCUCCCGGCUCCCGGAAAUCAGGCUACUAUGACAACAGGCCGGGCUCGCUCAGCCACUACCCGAGCUUCAGCAGCCGCUCCCUUAACAGUCAGAAAGACCGCGGGCUGAAGAGGGGUCAGUCCAUCUUCCUGCCUGCACUCACAUGGAAACGGCUCGUGGCCUCCACGAAGAAGAAGGGCAACUCCAAGAAAGGCUCUGUGACCUUUGUGGACCCUCUGAACAACAACAAUAACAUUAACAUCUACCAGAAGGACCCUUUGUUGCACCUUAACAGAGAGAAUGUGAAGAAGUCGCUGUCAUGUGCCAACCUGUCCAGCUACGAGGGCCCAGCGGGUCUGGGUUUGGGGCUCAGCUAUGGGCUUGGGUUGGGUCAGGGGCAUGGAUUUGGCUACAGCAAGUCACAGCAGCUUUCCUCUGUGAAGAAAGUCCCGCAAGGUACUGUUACCUCGUCCCCAAAGCGUGUCAUCGUUCAGGCGUCCACCAGUGAGCUACUGCGCUGCCUUGGCGAGUUCCUGUGCUGUCGCUGCUACCGCCUAAAGCACCUCUCUCCAGCUGAUCCUGUGCUCUGGCUACGAGCCGUGGACCGCUCAUUGCUGCUUCAAGGCUGGCAGGACCAAGCUUUUGUUACGCCAGCAAAUGUGGUCUUCGUCUACAUGCUGUGCCGAGACGUCGUUGACGGCGACCUGGUGGCGUCAGAGCAUGAGCUGCAGGCCAUCCUUCUCACCUGCCUCUACUUGUCCUAUUCCUACAUGGGCAACGAGAUCUCCUACCCGCUUAAGCCCUUCCUGGUGGAGGCGGGAAAGGAGGCUUUCUGGGACCGGUGCCUCGCCAUCAUCGAUGCCACCAGCGCCAAGAUGCUGCGAAUCAAUGCAGAUCCGCACUUUUUUACGCAAGUAUUCGCUGAACUCAAGAGUGAAGGCAGCUGUAGCCCUCAGGACUAUAGUCGAGUGCUGGAUCGGUGAGAGUUUGAGCUGAUCCUUGCUGACCGCAUGCCUUUUUGUACUCUCAUUGCACAAGACACAUAAAUUUGUCUCAGAUUCUUGGUUCCCUUUUUCUUCUUUUGCAGUUCUGAAGAGGCACUGAAGGCCUAUCUUGAGCGUUGUAUUGAAUCUUUCCACGUCCCUAUCAUCCCCAGAUAGAAAGGAAUUAAACCCCUCCCUACUACCGGUGUUUUCUUUCAUCAUUGGCAAACAGAGGCCUACAGUUGUCCCUCUUCUUCUUAGUUUACUCAAACUGGGGAACCAUUUGGUCCACCUGUCCCCUCUGACCCCCCUGCUCCCAGUCAUCCCAGCUGCCCUUUAAAAUCAGACACCCUAGCAUCCUUACCCAGCCAUCUGAAUGUCAUCAGUCAAGAUAUUAAAAAAGAGAUCAGCCAUCAAGGAAUUUUCACAGUGAACAUCAGAGAGGAUACACAGAAGAAUAAACUGUGGCAUAGACAGUAUAAUCCACCAAGUCCCCGUUCUAUUCCUGAACAAUAUAAGGAGAAAUCUUGACAUCCGCUGCUGGCUAAGCCCUUUGUGCCAGCAGUGAAAAGUGACUCAGACUGAUGGGAACAGCUGAGGAGGUCCAUGUAAGGUCCCGCUGGUCCUGCUGAGCGCUGUGUGACCACCAAAGCAGGACGCACAGGCCGUGUUCGAGGAGCCUUUUGAGGGUCGUCUCGCCUGAGGGGACAGUUGCUGUUUUUUAUCGUAACUCACUCAAACCUGCCAGCGGACUGUUUCUAUUUUAUCUAAUCUCUGGAGAGUUUCCUGGUGGAAGCAGAGCACGGAUUUAAGAUUGACAUGUUUUUGUGUGUGAGCGUAUGCAUUGUGCAGAGUGGACUGCAGCCAGGGUCAUCAGCUGUUUACUCCCUCCUUUGUUCCCUGUGUCUUGUUGACAGGGCACCCACAGUCGGGGUAUUAAUGAGAUUAGCCGAUUACUGCUGCCCCUCCCCUCCUUCAACCUCUGCCCCCUUCCUAGUCCACUCAGCAGCCCUGCAGAGCUCCAGUGGCUUAUCCAGGUCAGGCCGGACUGUAAACACACACACAUUUAAGUACCUUGUGGUGUGUGCUUUAUUCUCCUCAGUGCAUGAAUGCAACCUUGUUUGAUGCACGUGUGCAGCGCCGCAGUUCAAGAAAGAGGCAGGAGAGCACUCAGAGAGAUGUCGGCACAGGCGUAGCAGAUGAAUGUGAUUGAAUGGGUUUGUUUUUGUUGUUUCUGAAUUUGCCCCAUUUCCUCAUCGGUCACCUGCAUAUUCUCAUCUGCAACAAGAGGCUUUGUUUCCUCUCUUAUCCCUCCUAAAACUCCUGUGCUUUGCUAAAUUUGUUCCCCUGAAUGAGUCAUUGGCAUCUGUGCUUGAAUGCUUUUAAUCUCUAUUUGUCCAAGUGUGUGCACAUCAGAUGUGGCAACAGAUGAACCAAGAGUCUCUGCUGUUACACUGGAAAAUAUUUGGAGUAGAUAAGAUUAAGGAUUCUUUCCUCAGUCAGAAUUCCUUUGUCAUCUAAAGGUCGCAGUUUGGAUAAACUUACCUGUAGUAGAGGAAGCUCAAAUGAUCUGCUUUAUGUGCAUGUAAGAGCUACAAAUACCAUUUAUUUAUGUUGAGUUACACCUUUUAAAUAGGACUUUAAAAGCUUUUUGGUUGAAGAAUCUCAAAAAAAUGUCUAUUCUGAAUAUUCAACAGUCAGUCCUAUAGGAUGGAGUAUUGUAUUAGCCUAUUUACAUUGUGGCAUUUUACAUAUAAUGUUGACUAGUGUCUAACUUGUAGUAGUUUUUGUUCAAACAACUUAAAUCUGCUCAUCUUGCUUCCCUCAGUUUUUCUCAACACACAGAUGCACACUAAUCUUAAAAUUAGAGAUAAAUGAUAAUUGUAAUUGAUCAUUUUGAUCUAAGUAUUGAUCAGAAUAAUUCUAACUAUCAUUUUGGCCAAAAUUGUGCAGAUAUAGAUUCCAAUACACUACUGUUUAUUGCAUCUGUUAUAGAGUAGCAAAGCAGAAAGGUUUUCAGGUAUAUAAUUUUGUGAGGAUAGCAACAUUAAUGGUCACUGAACCCCUCCUAGCUGCUCAGCAACAGGCUGCUCAUCUCUGCCCUUGCCCACUGUGUGCGGAUUGGGUCCCGAAGUCUGAAUAUGUCGCCACUUUUAACGGCUUUUCUCCUUCAAAUUUAAAAGUCAUCCAUGAAAUGACAACAGUGAUUUAAGAUGGCAUGUAAAUACUACUGUUAAAUUUUAUAAAAGGGCGAGUAAGUGACAGAAGAGGGUGGAGCAAGGCUGUACUGUCACAUUGUGAUGCUAGCAGACUAUAACAUUUAUCUAAAGUAGCAAAAUAUCACAAAAUUAGCUAUUCAGUUCACAUUUAAAACUGAAUAUUUGAGAGGGGCCUGGCUACAGACUAAAUAUCAAAAACCCCUUCUUGCAGACCACUACUGUGAGAUUUUUCAGGAUGGAACUGACAUUAUUUGGUUUCCUUGUGAGAGGACACCAUUCUUAGCAUUGUUAGCAUUGUUAGCAUUAGCAAAUGCUAAGAUUGCAACACUGGCUAUCUAAUUAACAUUUCUUCCUAAGCUAACGUAGCUACGUUAGCUUCAGCUUUAGCUAGUAAGCUUUAGGAAACAUAGCUAAAAGUAGCUACGUUAGCUAUGCAGGUAACUGCUACAUAGCUAACAUAGCUAAUGUAGCUAAAGCUAUUGCUAAUAAAGCUACAUUAGUUUCAGCUGAUACAGUUAUAUCAGCAAUGUAGCUAAUGUAGCUUUAGCUACAUUAGCUACAUUACCUGUUUAAAUUGUUAUUGUUGCAUCAUUAGCUUUAUUCUUUGCUACAUUUGCUACGUUUGAGUGUCUUCAUUAAUUUUUUUCUGUAAGCAGACUGUUUAAUCUGCUUUAUUAAACAUUUUAAUAAGGUUUCUUUGACUUUUUAGCUUUUUGUAUCCAAACCAUCUGAUUUUAUUUUGAAAGGUUUAACCUGUAUUUCCAUCCUGACAGAGGUGAUGUACUGCAGUAGAGCUCUGCAAAAGGGGUAAUCUAAGAGCUAGACUGUCUUGGAGUAUUUUGUCAAUAGAUUUUUAAAUAGUUAAGAACAGAAUAAUUAGUCGCAUGUCAUUCAUGUGAGAUUUUAUGAUUUAGAAGACAUUUGGGUCUUCCCAAGCCAGUCGGCUGCUUAUGCUAACUCAGCAUGUUCAGUGUACGGAGUCUGAUCAAACAACACCUAUUAAAGACUUAAAGCAUUGAUACAGGGUCAGAAGUCAGCAGAUAUAAAGAAUAUGAAUUACUGAGGUUAUAUUUUUAUAUCUGACUCAUAUUAGAGGGAUGUUUCAGGCAGAACCCUGGUCUAGUUAUUGAAAUCUGAAUGGGGUAAGAACAAAACAUAUCAGAAGCAAAAAUUGGAGAAAAAGCCAAUCCUUUUAAAACCUCUUUAAACUUGUCUUGUGACCCCCUUUCCCAGAUCCUGGUUUAAAGAGGGAUGCUUCUGGUUCAGGAAGCUACAAGCCAAACCCAUGGCUGCUUCACUUCCACCAGGAUGUGCCGUCCACAAUAGCAUGUGGCAAAGCCUUAAUCUUAUUGUGUUUGGGCAUCUGGAGAUUUUGGUGCUCCACUUUCCUCCCCCUAUUGGUCGUCUCUUUAGCACUCUCUGCUGUGACUUAUUAGUGCAUGGUCUACCAUAACACCAUGUAAUAAAAGAUAUCCGUAUGGGAUCUGAUUUAAGGCACACUUGUGCACGAAAAAUUCCCCUCCUUUGGUAAUCCAGUCCUAAUCCCAGCACCCAAUUAAACAGAGAGAAGUAGGAGGAAUGAAAACGUGAGGAAAUACGUAAACAGUUCAGAAUCCGAUAAGAUUGGGUCUCACAUUUCUCGCAUAGUUUUGGCCGGCAUUGAGCCUUCAAAUCCUGCUCUAAGAAAGUGGAGGCCUCAGAGACGUAAAGCUCAGCCCUGCUGCCUUCUCCAGCUCAGCCAAGUUUAUCCGAGUCAAGCCUGCCUCUGUGCCCGCCUCAGGGACCUCGCAUGAGCUCACACCAUUCAAGCAGAGAGGAGCGACAGCGGUGAUUCACGCCCAAAGAGCCUCUUUUUCUUUAACCAUGACUGGCAGCCAUUUUGGGCUCGUUGUUAUGGUCAGGACAGCUCUCUCGCUCUCUCUGGUCUGGCUCCGGCUUUCACAAGGACACUUGUGUCUUGACUCACCCCCUCCUCCCUCCCUCCAGCCCCCUAUAUCCACUCACACUCAGCUGUUGUUCCCUGGCUGUUUCAUUAGAUUUGACACCCCACACCCGCCAGCCAUUGUCAGGACGAGGAAGGGCAGGAUGGGAUGGUUUGUUGGCAGCGUGUUGGUUGUGUUUCUGUGUGGAUGUGGGUCAAAGCUAAGGCCAACAACUGCUUCCACCAUGCCUCUCUGUUAAACCUGGACAUUAAUUCAAUCAGAAGACAAAGUACAACAUAUCAAGUGAUGCUGAUAUGGGACAAAUAAUGACCAAUUUACACCAAGUUCUCUUUAAGAAAGCCAACAAAGAUCUGAUUCAUCACAGGCAGAGGCGCAGAGGAAUCCCGCUCAUUGAAGCCUAAUUGAAUUUAAACAUAAUCCGACAAAUGUGACACGGUUUGUUCUCCACAGCGAAAGCAACUGUCCCCUUUUUUCCACAUUGGUCCAAUCACUCGCACGGCUGGAUCACAUAGCUUUUCCUCUGAGAGUGGAGCGGCUUCCAAGUCAAUCAACUCAUGACUCGAUCGCAGCUCUAAUUCUGUUCAUCCAAUCAAACUCCUCUGAGCUCUUUCACCGAAUCCGACACACGAUGCCUGCGACAUCUCUUUGGAUGAUUUACAACUAUUGUUACAUACAAACUGAUCGACUGGGGAAUCUUGGACAAGACCUUGAAGGACAACAAGUGAAAACUGGACAUUUAUCUGUGGAUGGGACCGUCAAGCGGGACUCUGACGACUCUGUUUAACAGGAUGGGCCUUAGACCGGCUUUGUUAUGGACACUUUUGGACUAGAGUGAACAAUGUGAUAAAAGAUUGAAUGGAUAGGUCUGGUGA